CGCAGCACUUGCUCCAUCGUGCACCCUGUGGCUGCUGACCCAGGCUCGGAAGAUGGAUGGUCUGGGGCUGAGCUGGCUGGUGAAUCACUCCCAUCCCCUUCACCUCGGCGCUGCUCAAUACCCUGAGCUCAGUGUUGACCUGCUCAGUGGCAAAGGAGCCUGCCUGCAGCUGGCUGCCAUGAGGAAUGUGAACAUCAUCCUGCAGCACUACAACUUUACAGGAAAGCUGAUCAACCGCAAGUCCCAGGAUGAAGGCCUGAGCCCCACGCACACAGCGUUUGUCAUCUUCAGCUGCAUCAUUAUCCUGGAGAACUUGCUGGUCCUGCUGGCUGUCCUGUGGUGUCUGCGCGCCCGCCGUUGGGUCUAUUCCUGCAUUGCCAGCAUCACUGUGAGUGACCUGUUGGCCGGCAUUGCCUACCUCUCCAAUCUGUGCCUCUCAGGCAAGAAGACCUUCCAGCUCUCUCCCCAGCUCUGGUUCCUGCGGGAGGGUGUCCUCUUCGUUGCGCUGGCCGCCUCCACCUUCAGUCUGCUGGUGACUGCCAUUGAGCGCUACAGUGCCAUGGUAAGGCCCAUUGCUGAGAACGAGGCCAGCAAGACCCUGCGCCUGCGCAGCCUCAUUGUCUCCUGCUGGUUGCUGGCCUUGGUCAUUGGGCUGCUGCCCCUGCUGGGCUGGAAUUGUCUGUGCGACUUUAACACCUGCUCCGUCCUCCUGCCUCUGUAUUCCAAGAACUACAUCCUUUUCUCUGUGGUCAUGUUCAGCAUCAUCCUUCUAGGGAUCGUUGGCCUCUACAUCUCCAUCUAUCAGCUGGUCCAGGCGAGCUCCAAGCAAACCAGUUCUCGGCACAGCCGCAAACGGUCCCUACGCUUGCUCAAGACUGUACUGAUGAUCCUGGGCGCCUUCAUCAUUUGCUGGAGCCCCCUCUUUGCCCUUUUGCUCUUUGACGCUUUCUGUGAGACCCAGACCUGCAGACACCUCCACAGCCUGGACUGGACCUUGGCUCUGGCCAUGGUCAACUCCGGCAUUAACCCCAUCAUUUACUCCCUUCGGAGCGUGGAAGUGCGCCGUGCUGUGGGAAGCCUGCUGUGCUGCUGCUGUGUCCGGGCUGGGCUUUGCAAGCAGGGGAGCUGCGUGGCCCUCACAGACAUCAACUCUGGCUCAUCCACAGAGAGCUCCUUGCGCUACCGGGAGAGCUUUCGCAGCUCCGUAGCCCUGAGCACUCGGCCCAGGGCCCCCCUCUCCAGCAACUCCAGCAUGAUGAGCAACCUGCCCAGCCUCUGAGAGGCUGUGGGGCGAGCAGGGGAGGACUUGGC